AUGACGCUAGUCAGAUUCAAUAGAUGGGAGGAUAAACAAGAAAUAAUGGCAAAGAAGAAAAAGAUAGAAAAAGCAAGAAAGAUAUUUAUGGAUGAUGAUCUGACGGCAACAGAAAGGCAGAUACAAAAGCAUCUGGGAGCAUACGAAAAGGGAACACAGGAAAGGAAGAGCAGAGGAAGGAUAAUAACAGCAGUCAACAAGAAUUUGAAAUUUAUAGAGGUUAGGGAGAUUAGCGACGAGGUGGUAGAAAGCAGAUUAGAGUAUAAUGGAAACAAAUGGAGAAUAAUCACGUUGUACAGUCAGAAAAUGAAAGAUACAAUGGAAACACUAAGGGAGAAGGUACAAGAAGAAGAUGAAGAAGGGGUGCUAGUAAAAGGUGAUUUCAACGCGAGGACGGGAAGCAAAGGAGGACCGAUAAACGAGGAGGAAGAGAAUGAAAAGAGGAGCGAGACCAGAAAAAUGGAAGGAAAAGAAAAAAAGAUUGAGGAGAUUGUUGAGGAACUGGAAGAGGGGAGGAUCGGAAAAGAAGAGUAUGUGAGGGAAAAAAAGGAGCACAAGAAAUGGUGUAAGGAGCAGAAGGGGAGGCACGAAAGCGAGGAAGAAGAAAAGAUAAGGAACAUUAAAAACGAAGCGGAAGCUUGGAAGUAUAUAAAUAAAUACAAGAAAAAGAAAGCUGAGGGGAUAAGCGAGGAGAUGCAUAUGGACGAGUGA